CGCUGCUCACAUUUUCAUCAAUAUGUCUGACACUCGAGAGGCAAAUCUAACCGCGAUGGAUCCCGCUGAAUCUGGAUCGUCGCAAUUUCAUCUCCAAAAAGAGAGACAGGCCGCCUUUCAUGAUGAACAUGGUCCUGUGGCAUCUCUCCCUCAGCGAGAAGCCCACAUCCAUACUGUUUCACAAGUGCCUCUGCCGCCCUACCAGAAACUUGCAAAUCCUGGUCCCUUGGGACUUCUAGCUUUCGCAUUGACUACGUUCGUCCUUGGUCUCUAUGAAUGCGGUGCAGGAUUACCUCAUUCCAACCCUCAAGGCGGGGUUGGGCCUAACCAAGCUGCCUUCGGACUAGCCAUUUUCUUUGGUGGUGGUGCCCAGUUUGUCGCCGGCAUAUUCGAGUUCCGCGUGGGCAACACCUUUGGUUGCACCGUUCAUUGUUCCUAUUCCGCCUUUUGGCUCAGCUACGCAAUGUUUCUCAUCCCAUCUCUGGAUAUCAAGGGGCAGUAUAACGGAGAUGAACGGGCAUACACCUUCGCGAUCGGCAUCUACCUGAUAGUGUGGUGUUUCCUGACCGUACUAUUCCUCCUUGCGGCUCUGAGAACCAACCUGUCCAUCAUUCUUGUUUUCUUCUUCCUGAUCAUUGCAUAUCUGCUGUUGAGCAUUGCCAACUUCAUCGCAACGGAACACCCUGCCCAAAGUGUCAAAGUAAACAAAGCUGGUGGUGCCUUCACUGUGAUUUGCGCAUUUGUUGCCUUUUAUGCUGGUGCCUCUGGCCUGAUGGUGCCAGAGACGACGUGGGUUCGGUUCCCUCUGGGCGAGAUCCCUUAA